GCACAGAUAUCACAGAUAUCGUUUAGCGGUUCAAGGUUUCGGUCAAGUCUCUUGGGGGGUAAGACGCAUAUCGCCACACGGAACAACGUGAAUCAUCCCUUGAUCACACCUCCGAAGUCAAUCAAUCAGUAGUAACCUUCAGAUUUCUACCACAAGCGACGUAAUGCAAUCUGGGAAAGAAACCUUACACGUCGCCAUCAUCGGCCAGAGUCUCUUCGCCGUCGAAGUUUACAAAGCCGUCAAAUCUAAUGGACAUCGCAUUGUCGGAGUCUUUACUAUUCCUGACCAAGGAAGCAAAGAGGAUCCGCUUGCAACAACUGCUAGUCAAGAUGGCGUGCCUGUUUUUAAGUUCAAGGCUUGGAGACAAAAAGGUCAAAUCAUUCCGGAGGUGCUGGAGCAAUACAAAUCAGUUGGGGCCAAUCUCAACGUUCUUCCGUUUUGCUCACAAUUCAUUCCAAUGGAAGUAAUUGACUUUCCGCAGCAUAAGAGUAUUGUUUAUCAUCCGUCUAUCCUUCCCCGUCACCGUGGCGCUAACGCAAUCGCUUGGACUCUGAUCGAAGGAGAUGCUAAAGCUGGGUUAUCUAUUUUCUGGGCCGACGAUGGACUUGACACGGGACCAGUGCUGCUGCAAAGAGAAUGUGAUGUUCUCGAAGACGAUACCCUGGAUUCUUUGUAUAAAAGAUUCAUGUAUCCUGAAGGAAUCAAAGCCACGGUGGAUGCCGUAGAACUCAUUGCCAUGGGAACUGCUCCCGUCCUUGUGCAACCACUAGAAGGAGCCACUUAUGAUCCCGCGCUCAACAAAAAAGAUCUUCAACAGGUCAAAUUUACUUUAAGUGGCCAACAAUUGCACAAUUUUAUCCGUGGCUUGGAUAGUUCACCUGGCGCUUGGACUUGCGUAUCAUUGGAAGAGCCUAAUGAAUCAACCGUCUGGCAAGAAAUCCGGCUUUACGGUUCCCAACUUUUUAAGGAAGCUUCCGUGCCUUCCGGACGACCGAUUUAUUUCCAAGGAAACGACAAAGCUGGCAUACAGUGGGAUAAUGGAGUGCUUAUUCCAGGCCAAGAUGGCAAAUGGGUCAAUGUGCAACGCAUUAGCGUCGAAGGUAAAGUUAUGAAGGCGGCCAAUUAUGGCCAACAAGCGGACAGUUCCGCUUCGGCUGCUGUCGAACUGACGGAAGACGAAAAGGCCAAACAAGAGGUCAUUCGUCAAGUGUGGAAGAGCAUUUUGAGUGCUGACGUUAGCGACGACACUGAUUUUUUCGGUGCCGGAGCAGGUUCGAUGGAUGUUGUACGACUGGUGGAAGAGCUCAAAGACAAAAUUGGCGUCACCUUGGAAAAUGAGGACGUAUUUAUGGCCACUAAAUUCAGUGAGCUUAUCCAGUGCGUUAUCUCUAAGCUACGAGGAGACGGGUCUGAUGGAUCCGGAAAAAUUGAAUACGAUCCCGUCAUUUUGACAGUUAAUAACAGGGAAAUUCGCUUUCCUCACCAACAAUUUAUCAACGGAAAAUUCAUGGAUGCCGCCAGUGGGAAAACUACGGCCAUCAUAAACCCAAACGACGAGUCCGUCAUUUGUCAUGUGUCUAGUGGCGGAGUUGAGGAUGUACAGAAAGCUGUGGAAGCUGCCCGAUUAGCUUUUGAGGAAGGUGAAUGGGGAAAAAUGAACGCCCGAGAUCGCGGACGUCUUCUUUUCAAAUUGGCUGACUUAAUGGAAGAACACAAAGAAGAGUUGGCCACUAUCGAAUCAAUUGAUUCGGGUGCCGUGUACACGUUAGCGCUUAAAACUCAUGUCGGCAUGUCUAUCGAUACUUGGCGCUACUUUGCAGGUUGGGCUGACAAGAUUCAUGGUUCCACAAUCCCAGUGAACAAUGCGCGACCAAACAAGAAUUUCACCUUUACCAGACGAGAACCUGUUGGUGUCUGCGGCUUAGUUACACCUUGGAAUUAUCCCCUGAUGAUGCUUUCGUGGAAAAUGGCAGCUUGCUUAGCAGCGGGAAAUACAGUGGUUCAUAAGCCGGCUGAAGUUUGUCCCUUAACAGCUUUGAAGUUCGCUGAAUUGGCUGCUAGAGCUGGAAUCCCUCCCGGUGUCAUCAAUAUCGUCACAGGAAAAGGAAGUAUUAUCGGACAAGCAUUGGCUGAACAUCCGGUGGUAAGGAAACUGGGUUUCACUGGAAGCACAGAAACGGGCAAAAUUGUCAUGCGUGCCUGUGCCGAUUCCAAUUUGAAAAAGACUUCAUUAGAACUCGGAGGUAAAUCUCCGUUCAUCAUUUUCUCCGACUGCGACAUCGAUCGAGCUGUCCGCUUGGGUAUGAGUAGCGUGUUUUUCAACAAGGGUGAAAAUUGCAUCGCUGCCGGUCGUUUGUUUGUGGAGAGAAGCAUUCACGACGAAUUUGUAAAACGAGUGCUGGUUGAAAUCAACAAAAUGUCUAUCGGCGAUCCAUUGGACCGUGGAACGCAACACGGUCCUCAGAAUCACAAAGCGCAUUUGGAUAAGCUGGUGGAAUAUUGCGACACUGGUGUGAAAGAAGGAGCGACAUUAGUCACUGGAGGCAAACGGGCCGACAGACCGGGCUUCUUCUUUCUCCCGACCGUGUUUACUGAUGUGCAAGAUCAUAUGUAUAUCGCCAAAGAGGAGUCAUUUGGACCAGUCAUGAUCGUUUCUCCAUUCGAAAAUGGGGAUGUGGAUGGUGUUUUGCGUCGUGCCAACGCAUCCGAAUACGGUUUAGCAUCCGGUGUAAUCACCCGAGACCUGAGUAAAGCUCUAUACGUCACGGAAAAGCUGCAGGCAGGUACCGUGUUCGUCAAUACUUAUAACAAAACAGACGUGGCAGCUCCAUUUGGCGGUUUCAAACAAUCUGGAUUCGGAAAAGAUUUGGGUGAAGAAGCGCUGAACGAAUACCUAAAGACCAAGUGUGUGACUAUUGAAUAUUGAUAGUUUCCAUGAUAUUCUACCCCAUUAUUAUUAUCUAGCGUAGUCCCUCUAGUAGCUUGUGCAAAUUAAUGCCCCAUCCCAUAUAGCUGUGCAAUUGGUAAUUCAUAUCUAUCCAACAGUUCAAUAAAUGGAGUUUGGUUAAA